ACUGGGCCUCCCGCAUACACUGAACAUAGCUGCAGUCUUCCAUCGUUGCACUAGAUAUACAUUAUGCGAGGGAGUGGUUUAGAUAGUCAGCUCUAUUUAAUAUUUCUGCAGAAUGUGAUCUCACUAGUUGUGCAAUUUUCUUCAAAGAAGAAAGACGCGUUUGGAGAACAACAAACAACAAAUACAAUGCUGCGUUCAUCAGCCCUGUUAUUUCUGAUGGUUGCUACAGCCAACGUACUUCUAUUGAAUGCAGCGCAUCUAAAUGAUGGCAUCGAUUGUGGCACAAGCUUUUGGUGUCUGCAUAAGCGAGGUGUGGCGGGAGCUACCAAAGGAGAUCUUGCUGCAGUUCGUCCGCCUACCCAUGCGCCUGCCUCUCCGGGACCCCUUCCAUACGAUUUUGGUGAAAAAGACCUUCAAAAGUCAUUAUCUACAAAAGGCUGAACUAAAGAUAACUUAUCUAGUUAUGUACUUCUGAUAAUGACUGAAAUUAUAGACUUCUAUAAAAUUCCAAAAUGAGAAGAUGAUUAUAAUGUAUCAAUCAAUGUAAUACUGAAGGACUAGAAAAAGUAAAGAUCAAGAAA